AUGUCUAAUAUUAGACGUCGUUCUUCCCUAGUUGCCCGACGUCUCUCCUCUUGUAUAACACAUUCCCGAGAAUCUUCUUCCGGGCGUUCUUCUCCAUUACCCCCAAAACGAUUCCACUUAUCCAGACGUCAAUCAACUCGUCGACUUUCUUGUCAAUUAGUUUCUACAGCCGUCCAUUCCGUCUUACUUUCGGGUAUUGGAUGGAAUGCAGCUCGAACUUUUAGACGAUCCUUCAACGACUUGGCCUUGCUUUCGACAAAUGGGGCUAAUAAACAACAAGAUAUAGGGUUCGCAGUUCGUCAACGGACAGAUGUUUCGUUGCCUUCAGACGAAAUUGAAAGAAACGAGCCAUCACCAGCAGGAUAUGGAAGCAAAGCAGCAGCUAUGCGACGUACAAGCUCGAUGCCUUCAAUCGUUGAAUCAGAACAACAUUUGCUUAUGCUCGCUCAUCAAAGGCAGCAACGACAACACCAAUUGUUCCAUCACAGUUCUGGGAAUUGUUGUUUGAGAAGAGGGUUUCGAGCCUCAACCAUUCGUCAUUACAAUUACGAGGAUCGUUUUACAAAACUCCACAAAAGAGCUUUGCGAUUCACCUGGCAACGUUUAUUAACCAGAAACGGAGGGAAACGAAUCGAAACUGUAUUUGAAGAAGUAUUUGAAAGAAUGAUGCAUAAAAUUCCAAUAAUGAGAGAAAUGUUUAAUACAAGAACCUUUAUAUCUGCAAUGUCUAGAUGUGAAAUUGCUAGUCCUAGAGAUCAUGCUCGCCUUAUAGUUAAAAUGUUUGAAGCUGCAAUUAAAAACUUGGACGUGGAGCAAAACAAAAGGACUGACACGGAUAGUUUACAAGUGCUUUGUGGGAGGCGUUUGGAGAGGCGGUUAUUGAUAUUGUUGAAUCAAGAAGCUGUUCGCGAUUUACCUGGUGCUAGUCAGGCAUGGGUUGUUUUAACUGCAUGUCUUGUAGACCAAUUAAGAGCUGGAUUUGACUCUUCCUCGCGUGAAUGCCCAUUUAAACACCAUCAAAGUAAACAAAGAGGUAGAGGAUAA